ACCACGUCCACGGCGGGCGGAACGGUGCGUUAACCUUCUUGACAUGCCGCUGACUUUGAACUCUGGUAGCCACACUGUUUGCUAGGUCACGCGCAGACAUGCAUGUGAACACGGACGCGCCCAAGGUGCAACAGUGUUGUCGUCGGUUCCCAGUCACCUCGCCCAGCCACAACUCUCCCUCUGCACAGAUCAUCCUGAAGGCUUCGUCAUCGUCAAAAUUCCAUUUACCCCACCUUUCCGGCAGGGAAUGCAGUUUCCGAAGUCCACAAAGCCCGGUUCUUACCAGCCACACAAGUCGCGUGAGCCUGAGGAUAAGACGACACGGAUAGGCACUAUUCGUCAGACACUGGCCACAAGGAAAGGGAAAAAUCUGAAGCAUAUUGUUGAUCUGAAGUGCGCCGUCACGAAGAGCAUCGAGGAGAUGGAGCUACCCCGUGCUGCGAUGGGGACCAUCCCCGACUCGGAGGAGCAAGACCUGCGCGUCUGUCGCACUUUGAUUCUCAAACGUUACGAACGCUUGGAGGCCAUCGGGUCUGCGGGGGGUUUCCACACCGUGUUUGUGGAUGUCAUUCGUGCUCAUCACUGGGUGUACGAGACGUCGAAGAUACUUCACGGCGAUAUCAGCAUCAACAACAUCAUGUGGUUCAUCGAGGACGGGCAAGUUAUCGGCGUACUGUGUGACUUGGAUCUCGCGGAAGAUCAUAGCAAUGGCGACGUUCAGUCUAUUCGACCCGCGAAAGUGGUGAACGCUUCGUUGUUACAAGAGACGAGCACGAGCGAGAAGAUGGCGAAACCGUCGAACGAACAGCAGAGUCAAACCAACGCGGAGCAGGUUCCAGGUUCGAUGACUGUGCCACCGGAGAGCGAACAUCUGCAAAAACCGAGAUACCGCACUGGUACUGGUCCAUUCAUGGCGCUGGACCUUCUACGCGAAGGCAUUCCUCCAAUGCACAAAUAUCGCCACGACCUCGAGUCAUUCUUGUAUGUCUACGUUUACACCGUCGCCGGGUACACUCCGACAGAUAGAACAUUCCGACCGAUCAAGCAAUGGCAGCUCGACUCGCUCGUCGCCAUCGGCAAAGCGAAGCACUGGUUUCUGACUGAUACGAAGGAGAAGGAGCAGGUCUUUGCCUUCACGCACGAAGACUUCAAGCCAUUGCUGCAGCCAGGAAGUUUCUUGACUGAACUCAUUCGUCUGUUCAGGGCCGUGGAGCGCAAGAUGGACGAGAUUAAAGAUUUAGAGGAUGCGCGGUGGUUUGGUUCCGCAGAAGAUGUCGAGGCCGAGAUCAGCGAAGUUGAGGAGAAGAGGGACAAGAUGGUCACCUACAGUAAAUUUAUGCGCAUACUCGGAGCAUCGGAGGAUAUGUAAACUCGAUUUUCUGUCCCCUCUACGCCACUUGCAUUGGUCUUGGGUGGACUAUGCGACCUAGUGCAGCAUACGGGUGAGUGGCAGGCGGUGCGCGUGCUGGGACGCGGGAGGGCGCGGGUGUGGUAGGCGAUGGGGGAAGAGGAC